AUGUGGUUUGAUAACCCUAAAGAUAAUGCAAAUGCCUUAUUUGCCAUUCAAUUGAUGGUUAAUAUAACGGAUCCAAAGUUUACCGGCGGCAAUGCUUUGCUGGAAGCGUUCUUUGCUGAUAAAGAUACGAAGUCUGAUUUGGAAUUAGCGUCCAAAACGCAACGCAUAAAAGGAGUUUCUGGUUAUGAGUCUACGGCAGCGCUUGCUAACACCUACUAUUUCGCUAACAACCAGUCGUACGCCCUCUUUUACUCGCGCAGAAUAACAAGUCGCCUUCAACAAACUGCUGUAAACAUCCUGUCUGGAAAAGGCGAUCAUAAACCUAUAGCAAUGAUAAGUAGCAUACUCGUAUCAUACCCCAACAUUUUUGUCGAGGGCUACGCAAAUAUAGCUAUAAGACCCAAUUCUUAUAUAGUCAUAAUGGAAACCGAAAAGUCCGAUUUGACGGUGAGUGAUUUCCUCAGUGCUGUGGGUGGUAUUUACACUUUUGCAAUGGGAAUAUAUCUAUUCUUAUUCGGCUCCUAUGAAAUGAAUCCAUGGGGUUUGAUUCAAAAUCUGCCGCGCGUCCGCCACAAAGUUAGGUCAGCCCUCUACGAUAGUCUACGUCCAAAUAUUCCGUUCUCGGGUCCUAUAUUAUCAAAAAAUCUUUCGAGCGACGAGAAAGUUGUAGCGGUGGAACAAAGAUUGCUUUCAUUGGAGUUCUUUUUAAAGAAUACGUUGUAA